AUGCAUUUAAGAGUGCGUUUAAAUUAUAACAAUAAAGCCAUAAUGGAUUUAAGUAUCCAAAAAAAUAUUCGAACAACAUGUAGGACUUGUUUAAGAAUUUUCAAGUCAAAAAAAGAACUGAUUUGUCUAUUUGAUUAUGAUCAAACUUACUCAACAACCAAAAUAAAAUAUUCUGAAAUGCUCAAAGAAGUUGUAAAACAUCAGGUCUUCGAAGAUGAUUUGCUUCCAAAAAGAAUUUGUGUGUUUUGCUUACAACAAACUCGAAGUGCAUUUUACUUCAAAUUGCAAGCGGAGGAAUCCUAUCAAACAUUAAUGACUCAAUUAGGAAUCACUCCUGUAAUAUCUCCUGAACUAAUUAAGAAAGAAUCAUCAGCUCAAGAAUGCACACAGAACACAAACGAGAGGAUCGAAGUAACGCCUCAUCCUGUUGAUCUUAAUCAUCAAGAUGGUUUUCAAGAUUUGCUGGUUGAAAUCGAACCACCAAAAAUCCAAGAGCCAAUAAUCUCACAACAACUUAAUGAUGAUGAGUCGGAGGAUAAUGAAGAAUUUGCUGAUUAUGAACCUUUUGAUGAAGAAGAAGCUCAAGAAAAUUUUUCUGAUCAUGAACAAGCUCCAUUUGAAGAUAAUUCAUGUCCAAGAACAUCUAUUGGCGAGAUGCAACCAUCAUCAAGCAAAAGUUCAAAAUCACCAGAUAGUGGUAUCAGUGACGACGCAAACAGAAUUUUGAAUACAAAUUUCAAUGAAAAUCAAAUUCUUGAAUCUCAACGUUGUGACGCCAAAGAUUUUGAAUGUGAUAUUUGUUUCAAACAAAUGUUCAGCUUGAAAAGUCUUUCACGUCAUAAAAGAAAUUUUCACAAUGCCAAUGAAAGUCGAUGUCCUUAUUGCAAACGAAAGUCAUUCAAUCAAGCAACAAUGAAUCUUCAUAUCCGUUACCGACAUCCCACUAAAUACAACGAGUAUAGAUUGGGAAAGAAAGGCAAUGCGGUUGUUGUCCUCGAACCAUUAUUAAACAUCCCGCAGUGCAACUCAUGCGAUCAUAACUUCCCUGACAUGACUUCACUUUAUCGUCAUCAUGCAAAUUGCGACAAAAUUUGCAUCAAAUGUGAAAUGAAAUUUAAUCGCAAAGAUUUUUAUUUCCUUCAUUUGGAUCGUGACCAUGGAAUCAAAAUUACAGAAUCGCUUGAAUGUCCGUUUGGUUGUGUUGGAUCAUUCAAUUCUGAAAAAGUUCUUAAUAAUCAUAUCCAGAGCAAUCAUCCUGAUGAUAAAGAUAAUGAAUCAAUCGCUGAAUCGAUAAGUGAAGAAUGUGAAAGUAUAAGUAAUGAUUCAACAGCAUUUCAAUGCGAAGUAUGUGAUGCCAGUUUUCCUUUCAAACGUGGUCUUACUAAUCACAUCAAUCAGAAGCAUAGCAAAGCGAAUCAAUCUAAAAAGUUGCCAUCGGCUGUUCAAAAAUAUUCACGUGAGGAAUUCAUUGACAAGUUUAUUGUUCAAAAGUCAGCUUUAUUUCAUCGUUGCGUCAUUUGCGAAAAAGAUAUUCAUCGUAAGAGUGUAAAUUUACAUUUGAAGAACAAGCAUGCAUCAUUUAAAAGGUACAUUUGUGAGUUAUGUCCCGUGUCAUUUGUACGAACUGAUUAUCGAAUGAGACACAUGCACCUCACUCAUCCCGAAAACUUCAGAUGUGAUAAAUGUAAUGUUCAAUUUGAUCGCAAUUACAAAUACGAUGGGCAUAUGGAAGAACAACAUGGAAUUCCAGCAAAACAUUUGAAACCUGAAGAGGGAACAGACAAUUAUGACUUAAACGAUAUCGAACUCAAAUAUAUUGAAGACACAUCGACUUACGAUUAUUCAAGUGAAAUUGUAAGACGGAAUAGCGUGUUAAGUACAAGCAAUUCACAACAGACUGAAGUUCCAAUGACGAAAGAUGAAUUCAUUGAGAAGCACAUUGAAACUUUAUCAGAGAAGAACACGCAUUGCAAUGUUUGUCAACAGAAAAUGCAUCGAAAUAGUAUCAUAAGUCAUUUACUUUGGAAGCAUGCAGUUAAGCGACCACUAAAAUGUGCUUUUUGUAAUGAUCGAAUGGUGAAAAACAACGCAAGACUCAAUCACAUGGCACGUUGUCAUCCAGAUGAAUAUCAUUGCAAAAUGUGUGAAGAACAGUUUGUUAGACAUGAAUUCUAUGUCAAUCAUAUGAAAGAAGAACAUGGAAAAGUUGUAACAUCGAAACCAUCAAGUGGGGAAGAAGAUGACUUGAAUUGGAGCGAAAUUAGAUUUGUCGCUGUGAAAGACGAAAUGGAACCAAUUGAAGAGGCUGACGUAAUCCCAACUGUUGUCAACAAUGAUGAAGAGAAUGAAACACAAGUUGAUGUUGAAUACGAAUGUGAACUUUGUGAUCGGAUAUUUACAUCACCUAAAAAUCUACUCAUUCAUAAAUCGCAUAAGCAUAAAGAAGAAUCGAAAGUUUCAUUCAAUUAUUUUGAGUUUUGUGAUACUUUCACGACAGCUUUGAAUUCAACUGACAUCAGAUGUAAUGUUUGUAGUUUAACGAUGAGAAAGAAAAAUUUUGGAUGUCAUUUAAAGUGUCGUCAUGCUGUAAGUGGCGCUUUUAAGUGUGCAGUUUGUCCUAACAAUUUCUUUCGACCAGAACAUCGAAUGCAACACAUGUCAAAGUCACAUCCAGGAAUGUUCUUUUGUUCAACAUGUAACAUACAAUUUUAUGUUAAUUCAAGAUUUUCACUACAUAUGCGAGAUCAACAUGACAUUGAGAUUGAUCCUAGUGACAAUUAUAAAGUUGAUUUGAACUUAAAUGAAUUGCAAUACCAAGCAAAGAAUCAAAAUUUUCGAGAUGAAGAUGCAAUUGCUGUGCCAUCAAUAAUUCAUGAAGAUGAGGAACAAAAUGAAGACGAAUUGUCAAGAGAUGAACAACGAGAGAUGUUAACUCGCGAAGAGUUUCUUGAACGUUAUAUAACAACAGUCAAUAGAACAACAAGAAAAUGUCACCCAUGUGAUAAAACCAUACUUUCAUCAUCAAUUUUCAAUCAUUUAAUGUCUUAUCAUGCUACUAUUCUUCCAUAUAAAUGCCCGUUUUGUGAUCUCCGAUUAUUACAAAAUCAUACUCGAAUUCGUCAUAUUCAAAUUUUCCAUCCCAACGACUACAAAUGUACGAAUUGUGGACUUCAAUACUAUAAACAUGCUACUUAUGCGGAACAUAUGCUUAUUGAGCAUAACACGAGAAAGAUUCAACCAAAAUCAGCUGGCGAAGAGAAGGAUUUAAGUUCGUUUGAAAUCAAAUAUGUUAAAGAUCGUAGAGAUGACAUGCAAGAUGAAGAUCUUCAAAAUAGUGAAACAUCGUCGACAACAUCAACAGUUAAAAGUCCAUAUAAAGUGUCUGAAGGAUUUCUCAUACCAAAAGUUAAAAAAGAGCCAAUUGAAAAGCAGUUGACAGUCCGUUCAUCAGUUGAAAGCAAGAAAGAAUUCGAUUUCACCACUUUUAAAGAGAAAUUUUUAAUUCAUGGAACAAAUUCACAAUUUAAAUGCAUUCCUUGUAAACGUCUGGUGAUGAGAAAUCAAAUACAUGCACAUUUGAGAUACUGGCAUGCUAAAACAAUGUCUUACAAUUGCGAGCUUUGUGAUGCUGGCUUUCGUCGAAGUGAUUAUAUGAAGCGACAUUUGCAAACAACUCAUCCAAAUAAUUUUUAUUGUUCACAUUGCAAUGAACAAUUUCUUUGCGCAAGAUCAUACAACAUUCACAUGAGUGGUCAACAUAAGGUGAUGAAAAGAAUUCUAGAAAGAAAACCUUUUGAAGUACUUUGCGUGCCAUUGCCAAAUCUUAAAUAUGCUGAACAUGUUGACAUAAGGUUUAAAGAAAACGAUCUUGUAAAAGUGAGCAGCCCAGAUGAGCGUAUGAAGCAUAUGAGUAACAAACAUAAGGAAAGUUUCAGAUGCUCUUACUGUAAAGAACAAUUUUAUUGUUCGUCAAGGUUUACUGAUCAUAUGUUGAAUGAACAUGGAAUAAGACUGAGAGCGACGUUCAGUAAACCAAUAGAUGAGAUUGAUAUUCCAUUGAACAAUCUUCGAUUCAUUCCAAAGAAACGUUCAGACUUAACACCAUCCCAACAGCCUGUACUGCAACCAGCAAAGUCAGAAGGCAUCAGAAAAGUUGCGUUUAUUAAGAACAAGAACUUGUUCUCUGAUCUUCCUGAUGACAUCGAAUUUACACGUGAAGAGUUCUACGGAAAAUUCUAUCGAAGAGUCGACGGUAAAAAGUUUAUUGACGGACAAACGAAAUGUUUUGCUUGUGGAAAAUCAUUUUCUACAAAAUCUCGACUAUGUCAUGCCAUAAGUAAUCACGCAAUACGUGCACCAUUCUCAUGUGAACUUUGCCCAAAGAAAUAUUUCCGUUUGAGAAAACGUUUUCUUCAUAUGAGUCGAUCUCAUCCAAACGAUUAUCGUUGCAAUGAAUGUGAUAUUCAAUAUGAUCGAGCCUACAAAUACGCAGACCAUAUGAAGGGAACUCAUAAUCUUAUUGUUGAUGUUCCAUAUUUUGACAAUGAGGUCUAUGAUAUUCCAACUGCUAAAAUUCGUUACAUGAAGAACUUGCUAAGAAAGAAAGAUGUUAAAAAGGAGCCGGAAGUUGUCGAUGAAAACAAUGCGUCAAUCGAUGAAAUGCCAUUCCACUUCCUUGAAAUGGAGAAUCUCAAAUGCAGCAUAUGCGAAGAAACUUUUGAUUCAUCGAGAAGCUUACGAUUUCAUUUGAGAAAUCACACAAACAUUGGUGGACCUUCGAAUGGACCUUCAAAGGAACCACAAAAAAAACCACCAAAGCUGUUAGAAGAAAUUUCUCGACUUCCAAUUUCUACAACUGUUAAAUGUGAAGUUUGUUCUCUAACAUUCGGUUCACUGUUUGCAUUAAAUUUACACAUGAAACAUGUUCAUGGCUUUGGAAUUGAUCCAGACGAGAAAGAAGGAAAUUCAAAGAAAUCUGAAGUCGAAUGUGAUAUUUGCGAUUUCACUUCUGAACGUCGAGAUAAAGUUGAAACUCAUGUGAAAUUGGAGCACAAACCAGAAUUUGCUUGUUGCUACUGUUCUAAAAUUUGCAGUUCCUAUAACAGUUUCCGAAUGCAUAUUCACAAUCUUCAUGGCAUGAAUGAUUACAAGGAUGAAAAUUUGUUUCAAUGCACUGAAUGUCAUAAGCGAUUCUCGAAACUUGAUAGCAUGGAAAAGCAUCGUGAAAGUAAACAUUUAAACGGAGUGAAAAUUGAUCAUCGCUGUCAAGUUUGUGGUGUUAUUUACCCCAAUUCCAUCAAAUUACAAAUGCAUUUUGAAAAUCAUCAUCAUAAAGAACUGGAACAUUUCAUCACAAAUGUACUUGAAGUGAAAGCAACGCCACCAAUUAUUAAAAGUGAACCAAUCGAUGAGGCGACUGAGAAUGACAAAAUUGAAACUGACGAAGGAAAUGAAAUUCUUGAUCCGUUUUUCUGCAUGCUUAAAAAUGUUGUUCAAAUUCCAAAUGACAAUGAAAAUGACGAGCCUGCGACGAAAAAGAUGAAAAUUGAUGAAGAUUUAGAGGAAAAACGCUUGCCAAUUCCACCACGACGGCGUUCAAUUGCGAAUGACAAUGAUCGAGUUGAAUAUUUAAAUCAUCUUCAAUGUAAGAAUGGAUUGUUCCGUUGUGGUCUUUGUCCAAAAAUAUCAAAAACUCGACGUUAUAUGCUUCGUCAUUUGAAGCAUCACAAAGAAAUUCCAACAUACAAAUGCAGUCAGUGUUCAGCAAAGUUUGUGUUCAAAAAGAAAUUUGAUCGACAUGUGAGGAACCAUCACAGUGAAAAUGGAGAAAAUGUUGAAGAAGAUGAGAAUGUGAAUGAAGAAGUCGUCUCGAAAGAACAAGAAGUUGUUAAAAUUGUUAAUGUCGAUGAACAUCCAAAAUUCCAAGAAUUGUCAUCUCCGAAAGUUGACAGCAACGAUGAGUUUGAUGAUCAAAUUAAAUGUGAAAUUUGUAAAAUGACAUUUAAGUUGACAAUCAUUUUAAAUCGUCAUAACAGCAUUUGGCAUGGUGAGGGAAAUCCUAACAAACAUCUUACGAUGAUGGAACAAAAGGAGAAAAAAGGAUCAUCAAAGAGCGAAUUAAACUUAAAAUUGUUACGUUGUAAAUUCUGUUCUGAAGCUUUCAUCAAACCACACGAGUUAGAAGCACAUACGAAAGAUGUUCAUUUGAGAAUAGAGAGAAUCUUCAUAAAGAGUCAGAAUCUGAGUCAGAAACUGAUGAUGUCCCAGAAAUUGCAAGCAACAUUGACAAUUUCUCUUGUGAAAGAUGUGGCUUAACAUUCGCAACACAACAUUUCUUGGAUAAUCACGAGAAAUUCUUCUGUAAACAUCGCAAUGAUGCCAUUAAAACGAAAUUCAUUCCCAACGUUACAAACGAACAAUGACAGCAUGAACUUUGACAUUUUAAUUUUUUUGAUCAUAAUUUCUAAAGUUGAAUUUUUUUUUAAGUUAAUUGUAAACAUUUAAAACUUGAAUAAAAAAAUGUAAAACUUUGCUUUAUCAUAA